ACAAGAUGCCUAUUCUUGGACUUGUCAAGAAGUAUUUCAUGUCCUCCUCCGUGUGACAUAGGGUUUGAGAUAUUUCACCAGCAUGAAAAUUCCCUGACUCAUAUUUGUAACUCCUUUGGAAUCUUUUGGUAAGCUAACCCGAUGAUAGGUGUACCCCACAAUGUUUCUUCCCUCUGGAUUCACAUCUCCCGGUUCCUGAGCUUCUUUGUUUCAUCUACACUCCUUUCCGUCACCACGUCCGCCCCACCCCCCACCCGCACACAAGAUUAUUCGCUGAUUUUUAUAGUGUCGGCGGGUCCGAGCGACACGGUGGUGGCUAAACCGUAUUCCACCAAACUAAAUAGUCCAUGUUUGAGUGAGCCAUCUGGGAAGCUUGAGCUUAUUAUUACAUAUCAUGAAUAUGGCCCUGCUGAAAGAAAAGAAAUACGAGCCUAAGAAAGAAAGCUUAGCUUGUUAUUUAUACAUGCACCACACAGUAACAUUAUACAGAACAUCUUCUUUUAUUGUAUGCAUACUAAAUAUACUAUGGUUUUCCAAA